CAGGAAUCCUUGCAGCCCUGCAAUUGGCCUCUGGGGGCUUGGGCUAAGUCCCUGCCAAAAUACCAAAAGACUGCAGAGGUGGGCAAGGACCUCAGGCCUCCAGACUAGCAGGCCACGAGCACUGGUCAUGACUGUACAGUUAAGGGCCGUCCGUCUGCUCCCCGUUCUCCUAGCCUGCUUUGUGCAAGCAAGUCCCAAGCAGAAGAUGAAGAUGGAUUGUCACAGAGAUCAAAAAGGCACCAUCUAUGACUACGAAGCCAUCAUGCUGAAUAAGAAGGAAUAUGUUCCCUUCAAGCGGUAUGUGGGCAAGCACGUCCUCUUUGUCAACGUGGCCACCUACUGUGGUCUGACAGCGCAAUAUCCUGAACUGAAUGCACUCCAGGAGGAGCUGAAGCCCUUUGGUCUAGUUGUGUUGGGCUUUCCCUGCAACCAGUUUGGAAAGCAAGAACCAGGAGAUAACAAGGAGAUUCUUCCUGGGCUCAAGUAUGUCCGUCCAGGGGGAGGAUUUGUACCCAAUUUCCAGCUUUUUGAGAAAGGAGAUGUGAAUGGUGAAAAAGAACAGAAAGUCUUCAGCUUCUUGAAGCACUCCUGUCCUCAUCCCUCUGAGAUUUUGGGCACAUUCAAAUCUAUAUCCUGGGACCCUGUCAAAGUCCAUGACAUCCGUUGGAACUUUGAAAAGUUCCUGGUGGGUCCCGAUGGAAUCCCUGUCAUGCGCUGGUCCCACCAGGCCACAGUCAGCUUAGUCAAGGCAGACAUCGAGGCCUACUUGAAGCAAUUCAGAACCAAAUAGGAAGGUGGGGUUAAGGGCAGGAGCCAUCCUGCUUCUCGCCUAACGACUUGCUCCCUCUCCCCACCCAAAAAAGGAACAUGCAUCUUCUUGACAUCUUCCAUGUAGGAAGAGGAACACUCUCUUCCUACAUGGGCUCCCCAUGAGUAACUCACCUCCACUUACUGCCAGAGUUCCACUCUCCACAAACUAGAUCUAUAUUUGGAAGGCUACUGCUCAUUUGCCCCUCAAGAGUAUGUGGGUGAAGACUGAAAAAAACGGAAACCUAAAAUCCCCAGACCUCUGUUAAAGGCUGAACUACUCAUAUCCACCAGAGGGAGAUCGUCCUUCUGUAACAGUGUUUCAGCCGGCCAUCACAUCCUGAAGAACAGCAUUCCUAGACAUCCUGACUCUUCCAACUCUCUCCACCCUAGGGAUGUAGAAACAGCAAUGGGAUCAUAGUCACACAAUUUAGGUUCUACUUCAUAACAUUUUUUGUCCCCUAGGACAAACAUGUAUCAUCAGUUUCCAAUUGUUUUGUCUCAGUUUUCAUCCAUGACACCCCUCCCCCCACCAGCCAUUCUCCUAUGGGAGCAAGAACAUUGCUUCACAAGAAUAGAGGGACUCUCCAUGCUGGUGGGACCCAGAACCUCUCUGUUUGGCCCUACAAAAGUCUUCCUUAUUGUCUGGUCUUCAGUGCCUUCAGGUUAUGGCACCUGGGCAGGAAUGCCCUUUAUCUUCUGAAGGAUGGGCUUUCCCAUCUCAACCCUGGAUUCCUCAGCUUCAAAAUGAGCCCUGCCACUGCCUCCAAUAAAAUGUUUUCUGCAGCAUCAAAGAUCUCUAUGGGGAUUUUAAAAUCCUAUCUGGUGCUUGAACUCGUUUUAUCU